ACCAUGUAACAAUUAAGGCAUAUUUUCACAAUGUUGUUUAAUAAAAAAAUAACAAAACCUAAAAUAAUUUUUUCUUUAAUCUGCAAUAAUUGCAAUGCUUGUAAUGAACCCACACAAAUGCAACAAAUGCCAGAGCAGACAGCACUUGGGCCCACACAAACUCAGUGCACAUCAUCAUCAAAAACCAUUCACUUUGAAAAAUAAGUGAUCUUCUCCUAAAUAUCAGAGGAGACUUUCUUCCUGGCAAUUGUUGCCUCACUGCGAGACUGUUAGAGUGUGGCCUUCAAACUGAUGUGUCUGAACACAUCUCCCGUCUGAUUAGCUUUCCAUUUUAUUGAGGUUGAGAAGUUAGACAAGGUUAACCUCUAAUUUACCUUCAGUGGCUGCAUUUUUUGUGCAUUUUCUGUUUGGGAGGUUAAAGAGCUGCUCUUGGAGUGGUGAAAGCACAUGCAGUACAUAUUGCUUUUACAAUGAAACAGGAAUAUUGAUGUGAUUGCUUCAUUAACUUCCAAUUUCCCCUCGUUUUCCAGUUUAUGUUUACACAAUGUAUAUUGCAUUUCGGCGGCGAUAAUUAGCCUAAGCUUGUUUGCGUUGAUGUGUGGCCCUGUCUUUGAUGGAGAAGAGAUGGGGUUAUUUGCAUAACAUUGCAUUUUCAACCUUGAGCCAGUUUAACAUCUUGUAAAAGGUUUCUAUACUGGCAGGUUUCUGAUUUCUUGCUGUGAAUGAACUAUACUGCUCUCACCAAUUCAGCCCUAAUAAGCCAUACCCGCCAUACCAACACACUUCACUUGUACUGACUGAAUCACUGAAGCAAAUCAUUCAGAGCUCUCCUGCGGUGCUCCUGUUAGCGUAUGAGUCUGUGCGUGUGUUUCUAUCCGUGUGUGUCCAUACAUGAAGUCAAAUCAAAUUUAUUCAUAAAAGCACUUCUAACAAGCAGGUUCGUCACAAAGAGCUUUGAUGAGAACAAAGGACACAAAUUCAGAUGAGAACUAGAGAUAAACAAUAAAAGCACAAGUUUAGCAAGUGUGUGUUUGCGUGAUGGAUGUGAGGUUUAGGUUUGAGUCAGCGGCAGCAGCAGAAGCCUAAGUCUGAGAGUGUGUGUAGGAUGAGCCUCCUACCACGUCCCUCCCUGACUCUCAUCAACUGUCUCUCUGCCUCCCCUCCAUCCUUCCCUCUCUUUUAUGUGCUGACAUGUCUUCUGAAGAAGUACACAAGUAAGAGAGACUAAUGCUUGCCUUGAUGAUUGAUUGGUCCAUUGAUAAUAGAUUUCUAUAUUCAACUGAUAAACUUAAUUGUCUGGAGAAACUUCAGUAGGAAACAGAACCGUCAAACUACAAAGGAAACGGCUGACACAUACUGCACAAUGCACAGUCUGUAUGUACUAUACAUAUAUGUGUAUAUGUAUUUAUAUAUACACACAUAUCUGCGUGUGUGUGUGUGUAGAUGCAUGUUUGUAUCCCUCACAGUGAUUAAAGCAAGUGGGCGGCAGCAGCAACUGGUCUGCCUGUGUGGCUGUGCAUAGCAGACAUGUUUCUCACUGCUAGAUAUUACUCAUUUCCUCAGCCCUUUGCACACACAAGCACACACACUCUUGACAAACACACACACACAUACUCACAUACACAACAGACACAGAGACGGAUAGCAGGCUUUCAGUUCUUUCCCUCAGUUUGGUGGGCUCGCUGGUGUUAUUUCAUGCGUACAGAGAUCAGAGGCAGUGUGUAGCUGGAGGCUGAUGAUUUCUGCGGGUGUUGUAACAAGCACUGGUGCUGUGGAGGAGCAGUGUAGCAAGUAAGAAGCUGAGGAGUGGGUUGACCCUCUGGGAGGACUGGAAUAUGAAUGACUGCCAACACUGGGACGUCUGCUCAGCCCGCACUAAGGUGAGCGGUGCUUCAGUACAAAAGAACCUACAGUGAUCUGACAGUGAUGCUGUGUAACAGCCCUCCCUUCUGUCGGCGCCUGUCAUUCUCCCGUGAGGCCCAUGUGACCUAGCCUACACCCACACACAGGGGGCCCCCACUGCCGCUGGAGCCCAUCCAUGAAUCCCAGUCCUGAUCGCGGCAAAGAGUGCCUCCCUCCUAAGAAGAGGGAGUCUCGGCAAGGAUCGGUAGAACUCCCAGUCCUCCCGGACGAGUUCAAACCCCCUGUGCCGCUCAGGAUUAGGUCUAGCACUGGGAGAGGGGAGGGUAGCAGAGAGGCCAGCGACAGGGACAGAGCUCUGACUAAUCCAAACCCCCAUCUCCUACACACCCCUCCACCCCUGCCUGCUCCAGCACCAGGCCUCCCCCUCCCUUUGCCAUGGCACCUGAGCUACUCCCCCUCUGUCUCUCUUCCCCUUUUCCCUGGGCAGGUGGGCGAGAGGAGGGGCUCCGGGUCUCCUGCCUGGAGAGAUGAUCCUCUCUCCUCACCCCUACCCCACCACUCCAGGUGGCAUAGAGGAGAGGGGCAUCUCUCUUUGCCACCCCCCCCUUCUUCCUCCUCCACUUCCUCUUUUAAGACUCCUUUCCCGGCUGACUCUAGAGAGAUGUGGUCCUACAUCAACAGUGGCCGUAGAGAUUACAGCUCCUCUCUCUUCUCCCCGUCGUACUUGUUUAGCCACCACUCCUUCUAUCCUCAAGAGCCAAGCUUAGUUGAAGCCAGAAACAGAUAUCUGAGCAAGAGGCCCAAUGGGCUGGAUGGUCCAGGCAGCAGGACUGCCACAACCUCCAGGCCUCUGCUAACAGGUGAAUAUGGGAAUGAUAGCAGCAGUGCCAGGCUGGACAUCAGUUCACAUAGCACGCACGCCAAUGGUGGACGGAGACAGCAAGAGAAUUUAACAUCUCGUGUCCAGUCUGGAGGGGCAUUUUUGUCAGACUCUCAAGCUCAAGAAGGACCUGAGCCACAUUCCUCACUGCAGGACAGACAUCCACAUGGAAUAGUUAAGACCAGCUCCAAUUUACUCUCCCCCAGUUCCCAUCCUCUUGGACCAGAUCCUAGGGCAGGUAGAGGGGAACUGUUGGACCCUUUGGGAGCCCCAGCAGCUGAGGCCCAGAUCUAUUACUCUUUAGGAUUAUACCAUCCUACCCCUCAGGCCCAGACCUACCCACUCUACAACCCCUCAGGAACACCUCUGUAUAACCUGCACAGGGAACCAGGUCCCAGGCAGAACAUUCUAAGGAACUCACCACACUCGCCUCUGGGUCUACCGAACAGCCAUGACAGGUCACAAAGAGAAAAAGACAGGGAGAGAGACCAAGAAAGAGACAGGGAAAAAGUCCUUGAAAGAGACCGGGAGCGAAGCAAGGACAAAGACAAAGAGAAGCACCUACAACACGACAAAGACCAAGAAAGAGAUAGGGAGCAUGAAAGGAGACGGGACAGAGAACGAGACAGAGACAGAGGAGGAGAGUUGUCUCCUUCCCACUCUCACACCUCACCACCUGCCCUUCACCCAUCUCCCCCUGCGCUCCUACCUCACUUCACCAAGGGAUCUCUGAUUGAGUUGGCCAGCGGGCGGUUGAAGCGGGUGGAGGAGCUGCGAACCGAGGACUUCUUGAGGAGUGCCGACACCUCCCCAGAGUUCCACCUCAGCACCUGCACUGUACUGCUUAUAUCCCCCAGCAGCGCACAGGGCUUCAGCCACCUGCAGGUCCACCUCACAGAUCGCAACACUCAGGAGUUACUGAAGGUCUUGGUGGAGUAUCCGUUCUUUGUGCAGGACCGAGGCUGGUCUUCAUGCUGUCCCCAAAGAACCUUGCAGCUCUAUGGCCUACCUUGCCGCCAGCUCACAGAAGGGGAUGUCUGUCUGGCUCUGACCCCGACUCCCACCCAAACCCACCGGACACGCACCGGCUCCAGAGCCCAUCGCAUGCAAUCCUCCUCCAGGGCUGCAGGAGAGUCGCGCAGCUCCCACCGGGAGGAGAUGCCACCUCCUCCACCUCCUCCGCCUCUCCCUCACCACCCACCUCCUGUUGUGCCGGCCCCUCCACGAGCUGUGGCUGCAGAACCUCCCGCUCAGGAGCAGGCCCGUUCACGCAAACGCCGUUGGUCUGCACCAGACACCCUUCCCUCAACCGGAACUGAACAAAGCCUCCUGGAUUUACCUCAUGGCUCCAAGCUAAUGAAGUGGCAGUAGAAACUUGCACAUGCAUAUAUAAAGAUGCAUACGUACACACACACUUAUAAGCACAUACACACCCUCCUUGUCUCUUUUGCACCCAACAAGACGAACAAUGGAGAGACCACAAGGCAGGGUUGCAGGGAAGGAAUAAAAAA